UUGAGAGUUAUAUUAAUAGAUUCAGUUUAUUGGGCCUCACCCAUUAUACAGGGGUAAAACUGUAAUUACAAGGGGUUAAUCCCAAAACCCUAAACGAGUACUCUAACAAUUAUGAUCAUAUAACCGUUCACAUUUUGUUUAAUCUUCACUCGAAUGUGUAACAUGGUUCCUACAGGCAGGAAUAACAAUCAUAUAUUCAUGUGACAAGCCAUUUACCAGACAGUUCAAAUGCAUAAUACAUGCAAGAUAGACUAGCAUUUCCUAUAAUCUAUCAGGUUUAGCUUUCUUUAUUUUUUAAAGAAAAGCACCGAAUUUCCAUGGACCACUUAACACUCUUAUACCUUUUCUUUGUUGUGACCAUCUACAUGAGAUAUCUUGUGGUUUAAGAAAAUAGCCAUUGAAUAAGAACUAAUUGGUGUAGUUUGCUGGUUCAUGGAUAAUAUUUCCUAUACCCUAACAUGCUUAACUUUCUUGUUUAGAAAAAAAAUGAUGCAUAAAUAUUUUUUUCUUAGAAAACAGUUUCAAAUAAUAAUUAGCAAGUACACUAUACUGGCCAUUACUCCUUAGUUCAAGCAAGUCCGGCACAAGCCUGCUACUUGAACUGGAAAGGUUUUAGGCUUGCAGAGAUUUGUAGAGGCAACUCAUGAAAAAGAAGUUCGCAGAAACUAGAGCACAUGUUAUAUGUAACUUACAAUUCUAGAACUGCUAUCAGGACCAAUCUUUACAGCUGAAUAUGCCCCCACAAGUGAUGUUGCUUUACUAAAGACGAAGGGUACAGGAUGAUGCUUCAGAAUCUUCUAUCGAAGACAUCUAGACGCUGAUAGCUAGACAACCCACCCUCCAUUUCAAGCAGUACGCACUAUCUGAUAAGUACAUGUUGCUAGAAAAAAUAGAAGUACAGAGCAUGGAAAAACAAAAUAAAUUAUGCGAUGAGUAAAAAUAAGUAUCCAACAAGAAAAAUAAACAUGUGAUUCGUGCUCAAGUCAUCAACUCAAACCCAGUAAAAACAAUUGCAUUCAAAAAAAGAACUCAGUGAAAACAAUGAUGUUGAAAAUGGUAUAAUCAAUAGGUCUUAGUGUCACAAUUAUCAUGAGAAAAUUAGUAAACAUUCAAAACUGGCCCAUUCUUCUAAAUACUUGAUGAGAUUUCUAAUCUAUUGAAAAGAAAACUACUAGAAUAGGGAAGUUAUGGUUACAAUUCCCCAUGAUUAUAGAAGUUCUAAAUGGGAAGGGACACAUCAAUAUGUUCCUGGAAUUCCUUUUCUUUAAGCGAAGAGCAUGAAUUAUGUCAGUUUAAAAUUCUUACUACUGUUCUUGAAUGUCAACAUAUGUUAUUGGUUUGGUCCUAAUGAGGCACUUCAACCAACCAAUAUUGUAUGGAGGGACGGAGUAGAAACACAGAGAACACACCAGUUAACUUGAGUACAUGCAACAAAAAACCUUCAGUUCUCCAGAUAUAUAAGGAAAAGUCUUACUCUUAUUCCUUAUAUAUCUCAAAAACUUACCAAUAGAAACAAAAUUUGCUGACAUGUAGAAAAUUCAGACAUGCUUCACUUCUGGUUUCAAGAAGAUAAUGGAAAAGCUACAAACAAUUCUCUUGAACACAGAACAUGAAUUGAUAAAAUUUGUAUUGAUGUUACUGUUUUUAAAAUUAAAAAUGAGGAGGAACUAUACCGGCCAACAUUGACUACAAGUGUUUCAGUCCCUUUAAACCUUGGUUAGUUAAAGAAACAUGACUGUAAUAUAUGAACUGGUUAUCUAUGGUAGCAAAAGUCUGAAAGAGUAAUGAUUGUGUUAAUGUGUAACAUAUACCAAAACAUAGUAUGUAAGUACUUUGCUUUGACUAGUGAUGAUUACAAUCAAAGUGGUCUUGUUCAAAAGGAGCUUAUCCCACGUAAAGAGCAUAAAUCUUAUGGCCGAAACUUCCCUGGACUGCAAUGUGAAUAUGUACCAAUCUUAGGAAAGGACGCUGAUGGAACUUAUUCUUGUUCAUAUUCCACGCUCUUCAAAGUAACACAACGGACAGAAUAAAAUUGAUAGAAAAAACUAUGUUUCUGUAAGUAGAAUAGCGUCCUCAAAAAGUAUAACGACAAGUGUCAACAUAACCCAAACUGCAUCUGAUUCCACUAUGAACAAUAAUAAUCAAAUCAUGUACCAAACUGCAGCAAGACUGAACCAUUUGUAAAUACCAGCAAAACUACCCCGAGCUGGCAGUAUAGAGAAGCUACUCAAAUAUUUUUCUCUGGUCAUUCAUGAGGCAUAAAUUCAGAAGUGCAUCUUUCAUAAACUCAACAGAUAUAGCAGAAUCAUAUUCCAGAAAGCUACGUAAAAGUAUAAUUUGCUUUACUAUAGGUGUUCGUGUUUAUCUCUACACAUACCACACAGAAUUCAACUGUUUUAAACCAGUAAAAUACAACUAGAAAAGUAAGGUAGUACCAUACAUAGAAGUCACAGGUUGAAAUUCAAAAUGAAAAUUUCUGAUUCCAAAAUUACUAAAGCUAGCAUCUUCUCUUUAGUAGGCUUAAAGGUUGUUCUUUUGAUGUUUGUUCCAAGACUCUAGAUUCUAUGUUUUCCCAUAUAAAAGGCACCUCAUAAGGCACUCCUUAUCAACCUGAGAAGGCCACAAGGGUAUCAAAAGGCUUAAGGUUGGGCAAGAGGGCGUUUGAGUUUGUCAACAGGAAACACUCCAACACAAGUUCAGCCUUUGGGAACAGAGAAAAGAGUGGAAAACACAGGCCAGAAAGAUGUAUCACCAACAUCAGGGCCUGAGUGAGCUCUUCACCACGAGGACAUCCUUUCCAAUGGAGCAGCAUCUGUUUUUGCGUGGAGGAAAUGCCCAAGGAGAUUCUGGGCUGGUUCUCUCAACUGAUGCUAAACCAAGGCUCAAAUGGACACCUGAGUUACAUCAGCGAUUUGUAGAUGCAGUCAAUCAGUUAGGUGGAGCAGAGAAAGCUACUCCAAAAACAGUCAUGAGGCUCAUGGGAAUCCCAGGACUCACCUUGUACCAUUUGAAAAGCCAUCUCCAGAAAUACAGGCUGAGCAAGAACCUCCAAGCUCAAGCAAAUGUCAGUACAUCAAAGAAUGCCAUAGGAUGUACAUCCAUUGCUGAUAGGAUUCCUGGAACAAGCGCUGCAACAAUGAGCAGUACAAAUGUCGUUCCGCAGGCAGAGAAGACUAUUCAAAUUGGUGAAGCACUUCAGAUGCAAAUUGAGGUUCAGAGACAGUUAAAUGAACAACUUGAGGUGCAAAGGCAUCUACAACUACGAAUUGAAGCACAAGGGAAAUACCUACAAGCAGUUUUGGAGCAGGCACAAGAAACACUUGGAAAACAGAAUUUGGGUCCUGCGAACCUGGAAGAUGCAAAAAUAAAAAUAUCACAGUUAGUUUCACAAGUAUCAACUGAAUGCUUCAGUAAUGCAAUUACAGAUGUAAAAGGAAGUUCAAGUGUGCAUAGGUUAGAGCCCAGACAAAUCCAGUUUGUUGAAAGUUCAACAAAUAGUUAUUUGUCUGUGGCCGAAGGAUUCAUCAAGGAGCAGAGACUACAGCACCAACAGCACCAUGGAGUACUAAAAGCACAUGAUGGUAGUUCAUUAUUUUGCAGAAAAAGACCGCAUGAACAUGAGACCCAGUUUGCCCUUAACAGAAGCCUAAGUGAGCGUAGGAUGGCACAUUUGCAGAAUGAUGAACAAUACAGUAAAGCAGAGUUUGGGUAUGAAAGUGACACAGAGAUAGUGCAUGAGUAUACUGCACCCCAAAAUGGUGGAGGUAGCACCACCAGUUCGGCAUCAGGAAGCAAAGUAGAUGCGGAGAAGCUAUAUCUAGAAGAGCAAAAGUGUGCAAGACAGGUCGCUGAAUACCCCAGAGAAAGCAAGCUAAUAGAUUUUGAGAAUUCGUGUUCAGGGAAGAAACUUGAUCUGAACACCCAUAAUGUAGAUGACACUGAUCAAGCUUACAGACAUUUUGACUUGAAUGAUUUCAGCUGGAGCUGAUAAUAUGUAAGAUGAUAGAAGCAAAGAAAAUGAAGUUAAAAAUAAUUUCUUCCAACAUUGAAGUAUUGAUACAUGAUCAAAUGUACGUCAAGAGGUACCAUUUAUGUUUUUAAGUAUUUAGUAAUAGGGUACAGAAAUGGUUUUCACUUUGGGCCAUCCGGCAGUUUACUCAAAACUCAAGCAGUAUAGAUAAGAAACCAGACAAAUAGCAUCAAUGAAAUUAGAGCCCAUAAGAUAUAGAACA